GCCAGGGUAUAAAAGGGCAGGGAGCGAGGUACACCGACACACACCGUCAGAGAGACAUACAGCAAACCCCUCACACAGAGAGAGUCACCAUGUCUUCCAGCGGAGAGAAGUCCUCCAAGGCCGCCUCCCAGACUGACGGGAAGAGCGCUCAGACGAAGAAGACCGAGAUGGGCAUGAUGGCUUACAAGAUGUACGUCUUCGACCAGGAGAACUUCCAGGGUCGCUGUGUGGAGUUCUCUGGAGAGUGCAUGAGCAUCUGCGACAGCGGCAUCGACAGAGUCCGCUCCAUCCGGGUCGAAUGUGGACCCUGGGUGGGCUACGAGCAGAUGAACUUCUGUGGCGAGAUGUACAUCCUGGAGAAGGGCGAGUACCCUCGCUGGGACAGCUGGAGCAACAGCUACAGGAACGAGUGGAUGAUGUCCUUCCGGCCUGUCCGAAUGGACCCAGAGAAGCACAAGAUCUGCCUGUACGAGGUGGGGGAGUUCAAGGGCAGGAAGAUGGAGAUCAUGGACGAUGAUGUGCCCAGCCUCUUCUCCUACGGCUUCACUGACAGAGUGGGCAGCAUCAUGGUCAGCUGUGGAACGUGGGUAGGAUACCAGUUCCCCGGUUACCGUGGUUACCAGUACCUCCUGGAGAAGGGAGACUACAGGCACUGGAAUGAGUGGGGCGCCCGCACUCCCCAGAUCCAGUCCAUGAGGCGCAUCCGCGACAUGCAGUGGCACCCCCACGGCUGCUACACCAUGGCCAGCAAGUGAGGGGGAGCAGGAGAGCACCGGGGGGGGGGAGGGCAGAGGGGGAGAGCUGAUGGAGACACAGUGCACUGGGCGCCGCGCCACACCUUUGGACGGUAAAAGAAACCAGUGUUUCCGGACACCACGUACAGUCCGUCUGUAGUGCCCAGAACAGAAGAGAAGGGGAGAGCGCCCCCUCAAAUCGUGCAGGCGCACUGGGGCAACUGCAGCUCACAAAGGAAAAAUGAGGAAACUGUGUGAUCUAAACAUUGCUUAGACAAUUGAUUUUUCUUUGCCCUUUUGAGCCCUAAAAAUCAUCCAAGGUGAUUUCCUGCCUUUCAGGACCUCUGCUCUCUUCCAUCUCUCUCUUACUCUUAUCUCUGCAGCCAAUCUCUUUCACUCCAGGCUUAUGGCUGUUUGGGCUGGGAGAUGGUGUAAACUUUGUAUAUCUACCAACAUAUAAAUGUACACAGGAUUACUGCACAUUGAUCUGAAUGCUGGCCUGUUUUCAAUAAAUGCUAAUAUUUGAAGAUGA